UUUAAUUGAGGCCACUGUUAUUGGGUUUCUAUUGAGGCCUAAGGAUCUUCCUUAACCUCAACACGACAACAAACGUACGGGCCCAACCCAAAAUCCUUGUUAGGAUUGCCAUAUUACUGGCACUUGCCCAUCACUCAUCACUAAUCACAGGCCGCAAAAACCAUGUGGGCUGUGUCACCGACCUGUCCAUGCCUCCCUCUCAUUCCAAGACCCACCAACACCAAGCCACCACUCGCCGUCACCGUCUCAGCCACAUCUGACGAGCAGCAGCAGCAGCACCGUUCCUCCCCAAUCCGAGAACAGAAACAACAACAAAAACACAACCCAAAACAAGCCGAGGGAGCACAAUCGAGGCAACUGAAAGGGUUGGAUGUGCUGUGGGCUAUGCAGAAAGCGGCUGCAGAGAAAAACAAAUUGAGCGGUGGUAGUGGUAGGAAGAAUAAGAGGAGGAAGGGAUUAUCAUCCUCUGAGGGCAGCGAUAGAGAAGAGGAUGAUGUGGAUUACAGUAACGUGAGGCCUUUGUGUAUAAAGGAGGAGUGGGGUGUUAGAUUAGAUGAGUUGGAGAAGCGUCUACAGGAGCUCUCGGAGAACAAAUGAAGAAUGUAAGGCUUCAAUUUCAAUUUAGUGUCGUCCAUUGGUUUGUACAAGUUCACGUUUUUGGGUUUCUUUUUAAUAAUCCUUUACUUGUUUGUUCUGCUAAAUUUUAGUUUUUAUACUCUGAUUUGUGGCUGAGAUUGAGUGAAUAGAGAAAAGGUAAAGAUUACUUGGCA